AUUAAUGCUUCAAGUUAGUCAAUCAUUAAGCGCGGUCUGUGCAUGUGUUACGGAGUUUUGCCGUUAAUCGUUUAUCAACGCAAAUCAGUGAAACGUUGCGUGGUAGCAGGUGUAGGCCACUUAAUUUGUUGCAGGGGAACGAGCAUCGUUUAGUUUAAUCGUUUUGUUUAGUUUCUACAGAAAUACCGCAAUAAAAUGACGCGUUUUAAGAGCGUUGCGCGCAUGGGUUUCGAUUUAUUGAUAUUCGCGUCAUUGUGUUUAUCCGAGGUGGCAUUGCGCAAAUGGUUUAAACCUUAUAAGCGGGGAUUUUUCUGCGAUGACGAGUCUUUACGUUAUCCCUAUAAAGAGAGUACAAUAAGUGUUCUGGCCUUAAUCAGUAUAGUAUUGGCAGUGCCCAGCUCUGUAAUGCUGGCCGUGGAGUUGUUUAAGCAAACAGCGACAUCGCUAGGCGAGAAACGGAAGAAUGGCGCAAACAAGGGAUGUCAUUUGGGCCGCAGACUAAUGCAAUCUUAUACGCAAAUAGGUUUUUAUUUAUUUGGCUUGGCUUUAACUCUCAUAACUACGCAUAUAACUAAGUAUUCAGUGGGCCGUCUGAGGCCACAUUUCUUUGCUGUAUGUCAACCGUUAAUGUCCGAUGGAUCUACUUGCUCCGAUGCAAGGAAUCACGAUCGAUACGUCGAAGAUUAUGAUUGCGUUGCGAAAAAUAUGUCAACCAAUAGCAUAGCCCAAGUGGGUCAAUCUUUUCCAAGUGGUCACGCCAGUAUAUUCUUUUAUGCUAUGGUUUAUGUGGCAAUAUAUCUUCAAGCAGCUCUAAGUACUCGAGCUUCGAAAUUACUUAAACACUUACUACAAUUCAUUUUCAUUAUGUUUGCCUGGUAUGUGGCUUUAACGCGUAUUUCUGAUUAUUGGCAUCAUUGGUCUGAUGUGAUGGCCGGCACAAUUUUGGGAACUUUGAUAGCGUUUGCAGUUGCUCUUUACAUUUCACAAUUAUUCGCACGAAAACCAACGCGUUCGAAUUCGAGUCUGGCACCAAAGCCACCCAUCAAGCCAUCAAGCUCGCCUUCAUCGUCUGCAAAAUCGGCAAACAGUCCACCCGGUGUAUUGCCAGCGUACACGUUCGGUACUUUGCCCUAUAUACCGCAUCCUCAUGCAGCCGCUGCUGCAGCAGCCGCCGCUGCAGCGGCGGCAGCUCAACAACAGGCUCAAUAUGCCGCAGCACAAACUUACCACAAUUACGGUUAUGUGCCAUGAUUGUGAAAGUCGUCAGUCACGUUCGUUCAACAUAGUUCAUUGCAGUACGGCGGCUAAAUGCAGGCGCAUUUCAUACUGUCGUCGCUA